AGCACCUUUCCCUAAAUGCGCCAACGUUAUAUAAAAUGGAAUGCGGCCAAGUCCAGUCGCAGCAACGGAGCCCUAGCCCAACUUACGUAACGCGCACUAGAUUGUAUAAAUAUAUGGGCGGAAGAGAAAGGUGUCCGUCGCAGAGCGCGUUCAGAGUCGGCCGUUGCGGGAACUCAUUGCUAAGAGCUCAAUCCACCUAGCUGUCCUGUCAUUCUCAACCCUUUUUUCUUCGUCACCAUAUUGUUGCCAGUUAUUAUAUACACAGUUCGUCAAAUAUGGAGUUACGUUGGCUGAUUGAAGUGUCCGUCAUGGGCUUUCUGCUUAUGGUGGUCACCAGUCAGAAAUAUCCGCAGCCAAAGUCUACCAGUUAUCCCAACGAACGCGUCCCGCCGGCGAAUGGAUACAAUUCCGACCGACCCAUUACGACGACAGGCGAUGACUAUCUUCCUGUUGCUGCCAUCGAACCUGUUUACGGCACGAAUUAUCCCCGAGGAAACUACAACCAAUAUCCCAAUCCGGCCAGAGGAAGUGAUAAUGACAGCAAAUACCCAGCCAAGGAUUAUCAUGUCCCGUUGAGCUAUUGCCCCGAAGUUGGCGGAUUGGAAUCGCAUUGCCGACCGGCCAAAGAUUGCACCGUGUGGUACAAUAUCGUUCGUACGAUUCCCGGAACUGCCUGCACGCUAGAAAACGGACAAGGCGGCCAAGGAAUCUGCUGUCCCAACAUGCCCUACAAUGGUCGACAUGGGGCGACGUUUAGUAAGCCGAGCUCGUGCCCGCAAGGCCUCCAGCCCGACCCUCAUCCUGACCGAAUCACCAAGAUCUCGGUGAAGGAAGCCGUCGAAUUGGGUAAACUGCAGAUGGCGUCCAUGAUAGGUACCGAGAAACGUCUCGUCCGGAACAACAUCCAUGUCAGACCCGGAUCCCAGCGCCACACCCACAGUCGGGUCUUCUUCCACUCGACACCCACAGCCGUUAGAAUCAGCAACAGUUCACUCUACGCCGUUAACACGGCUCUGCAUUUAGUAAAGAGAUAUCAAAUCAAGCCGGAGCAGGUCGAGUGCGUUUUGAACCAUCUUGAACUGAAAUACACGACCAUAGCCAACACGUGUCCGACUUUCCCAGACUGCGAUCUCAAGACAUUCAAUUCGCCGUUUCGAACGAUUACGGGCAUUUGCAACAACAUCCACCCACCUGGCCACGUCCCCUGGGGUGUGCCGAGAACCCAGUACCAACGGGCUCUCGCCCCGAAUUACGCCGACGGUGUCUGGAUGCCUCGACGAGCUACAAAUGGUGGCCAACUUCCCCAUCCCCGUUUGCUGUCAAACUUGUUGAUUCGUGACCUCGACGUCGCCAGCGACACGGACACCACUUUCGUCAUGCAGUACGGCCAGUUUAUUGAUCACGACAUGCUGGAAACCAUGGAAUCUAAAACAGCCGACGGAGCGUCAGUGCCUUGUUGCACGGACGAUGGUCAAUUUCUUGACGAGGGCGACCUUAGUCACGGCAAGUGCAUCCCCAUCGAAAUUCCCCAGGCCGACCCGUUUUACUCCAUGUUUCGCCAACGUUGCAUGCAAUUCGCCCGUUCCGCUCCUGCGUGUAGAACCGACGGACGCCUCGGACAUGUUGAGCAGAUGAAUCAAAACACUCACUAUCUGGAUCAUUCUGGCCUUUACGGCUCCGACGAUCAACUGGCCGGUGAGCUGAGGACGUUCGAAAAAGGCGCUCUCAAGGUGUUUGUCCGUCCUGGCAAAGGUUGCCACCACCAUGAUAUGGACUUGCAUCCACCCGACAACGAAACGGAUGUCGAUUGCGCCUUGUCCAAGGCCAUCACCGGAGUCAAUCCGCCUCCUGAAAUCAAAUGCUUCAAAGCAGGCGACGACCGAAUCAACGUCACUCCCUACAUGGUCGCCUCGCAAACUGUUUUCCUGCGGGAACACAACGGAGUUGCCGAAUUGCUGGCGGAACUCAAUCCGCAUUGGGACGACGAGCGCCUCUACCAGGAAGCCAGGCGCAUUCUCAUUGCCCAAAUGCAGCACAUUACCUACAACGAAUAUCUCCCAGUCCUCAUCGGUCGGGAGAAGAUGCAGGAGCUUAGCCUGUUGCCACUCCAAAAAGGAUUCAGUCGCGAUUACGACGAAAACGUCAAUCCGUCCAUUUUGAACGAAUUCGCCGCCGCCGCCUUCCGUUUCGGCCACUCUCUCGUUCCCGGAAAACAAGACCUCAUCAACCAGCAGAGAGUGAAAGAGCGUGACAUUUUGUUACGACAACAUUUUUUCAAGACGACAGAGACGUACACGCCCGGCAAUUUAGACAAGUUCCUCAUCGCCUUGGCAACGAUACCCAGCCAAAGAGUGGACACGUAUUUCACCGAAGAGAUGACCAAUCACUUGUUUGAAGAGGCUGGCAAGGGAUUCGGUAUGGAUAUAGUGUCGCUCAACAUCCAACGCGGACGUGAUCACGGUUUACCUGGAUACAAUUCUUACCGCGAACUUUGCGGACUCCCCCGCGCCAGAGAUUUCCACGACCUUCUCGACGUUAUUCCUCCCAAGAUCGUCGAGAAAUUCGAGUCCGUGUACGACACUGUGGACGAUAUCGAUUUAUUCAUUGCCGGUGUGUCCGAGCGACCGGCCAAAGGCGCCAUGGUAGGUCCCAUCUUCCAGUGUAUCAUCGCCGACCAGUUUUUGAGGUUGAAACGGGGUGAUCGCUACUUUUACGAUCUCGGCGGACAGGCCGGCUCGUUCACCCAAGAACAACUAGACGAAAUAAGGAAAAUAAGUUACUCGCGCAUCGUCUGUGACAACAGCUUCGUCCAGUUUAUUCAACCGCUUUUCUUCAAAGCAGAAUCAGAACUGAAUCCCAUCGUGAGUUGCAUGUCCUUUGACUCCAUUCCUCGUAUGAAUAUUUUCCCGUGGAAGGAAAAUGGAAGUGCUGACUGGCGACUGCAGAAAUAUUGAAACUAGACUUUAUUAACUACAACUUAUUUAUUACUUUUAUUAACUUACUUUAUUGAUCCGUCAAAUGAUCAAUAAAAUCAAAAAUUCUUCAGUU